AUGAAUUCACCUGGUGAGCCGUCAACGCCCUCGGCCACACCGUCGCCGGUGGCCAUGUCCACCUCCAACACACAGUCUGCUGCCUCUGCUCCGUCGACCAACGCAAGAGGAGCCUCCCGGCGUCCGCCCAAGCUUCGGUCGUCUUGUGAUGCCUGUGGCGCGGCCAAGGUGCGCUGCGACAAGACACAGCCGCGAUGUGGCCGCUGUGCAGCUGGCGGCAUCACCUGCGUGUAUGGCCUCUCGAGGAAAUUCGGAAAGGCACCGAGAAAGAAAGCCCCGACUGAGACAAGCGCGUCCGGAGAUGCGGCGUCGAAGUCCUUGACCCAGAACGCCCGCCAAAACAGCCUCUCGUGCUAUCCAGACUAUCGUCCUUUGUCCGGUGGCACAGCAAGGGCGGUCAAGUACGAGCCCCGUUCAGCCACCUCACCCAGCUUCGGGCUCGAGGACAGCCUCAUGGCCUUUAGCAACCAUACUACGGGCCACGACAUGUUCAUGCCGUCGCCAGACAGCAUGGAAAACUUCAACGACCCCUUCUCGUUCGCGGACGCCCCGCAUGGCCACAAUGCAAUGCUCCGAGCCGACCCACGGCACCACGGCACCGUCGACCCUCUGGACCUGACCUUCUCGGCGUCAGAUUACUCAUCCUUCUCCGAAUGGAUUCACCCGGACGAGCUGAUGCACACCCCGGAGAGCCAGCCCGCCAGCGACGCUGACUCGGCGCAAAUGCAGCAGCACCCACACCGCCUACCCACCUCCUUCUCGUCGUCGCUCGACUCCUUCCCGGACACGAGCCUCCUGCAGACGGACUCGCACCACUGCCAGAAGCUCGCGUACGCCACGCUCGACAGCCUCAGCCUCAGGCAGGACGGCGCGGCCGCCGCCGGGGGCGAGCAGCACCUCACCCAGACCAUGGACAAGGUGCUCAACCGCAACAAGCAGGCCGUCGACAACAUGAGGCAGCUUCUCGCCUGCCCGUGCUCGCGGUCCCCCCACCUCGCCAUGCUGUACGCGAGCAUCACCUCCAAGAUCCUCAUGUGGUACCAGCUCGCCGCCGGCUGCGCCAAGCCCCCCGUCGCCGCCGCCACGACGGCGACGUGGGACAGCUUCCCCCCGCUCGGCAGCACCAGCCACCAGCACCAGCACCAGCACCAGCACCAGCACCAGCCGACGCCGCCGCUGAGCGCGUCGUCGUCGCCCGCGGCCACCUCCGUCACGCCCGCGGCGAGCCCCGUGGGCACCACCGCCGCGGCAGCGCAACACAAGGGCGGCUUCGUCGUCACGCCGAUGCAGUUCUCGGCGGGCGCCUUCAGCGUCGACGACGAGGCCGCGCAGGAGGCCCUCAGGACGCAGCUGCUCCUCAGCGAGCUCAAGAAGGCCGGCAACCUGAUCGACCUGCUGUGCAUGCAGGGCGGGGGCGGCAACUGCGGCCGCGCGGGGGAGACGGCGGCGGCCGCCUCCCCGGGCGGCGAGGUCACCGACAUCUACUCGGCGCUGGGCACGUGGCUCAAGUGCGAGCUGAACAGGACCGUCGGAUCGCUGCAGUCAUGA